CAGCAGUCGCGCGUCAGAACGCAGAGUGAGUGGACUUGUUUUUUGUUUUAUGCUGUGCAUCGCAGUUCACGUUCGCCGGUGUCCUAUCAUCUGAAGCUAACAGAUCCCAUCAUUUCGAGGAAAAGUAAAAUGUCGAUUAACAAAAACACAAACGGAGCCGAAAGAAUGAUAGCUGACGAUGGCUUUCUAGCUCAACCGAAAGGAUUCGCCACGAAGGCGAUACACGUAGGUCAAGAAGCCAGUCAAUGGAAAAGCAAUGCGGUCGUUCCGCCAAUAAGUAUGAGCACAACAUUUAAACAAUUCGGUCCGGCUCAACAUAGUGGCUUUGAAUAUGGUCGCAGUGGAAAUCCGACUCGAGAUGUGCUAGAAAGAUGUCUUGCGGCUUUAGAUAAUGGCAAAUACGGUCUUACGUUCUCAUCGGGUUUGGGUGCAACGACUGCCAUGAUUACGAUGCUAGAAGCUGGUGACCAUGUUGUCGCUGGAGAUGAUCUAUACGGUGGUACCAAUCGGCUGCUAAGAAAGGUAGCGAUGAAAAUGAACAUCACGAUCGAUUUUGUGGAUUGUACUGACUUGGCCAAAGUCGAAGCGGCGGUGAAAUCUAAUACCAAGCUGUUUUGGAUUGAAACUCCUACUAAUCCGUUGUUGAAAGUUAUUGAUAUCGCAGCAGUAUGUGCAGUGGCGCAUAAGUUUCCUGGGGUGGUUGUGGUGGUAGACAACACAUUUCUGUCUUCCUAUUUUCAGCGCCCGUUAGAUCUUGGGGCUGACAUCGUAAUGUAUUCAUUAACAAAGUAUAUGAAUGGCCAUUCCGACGUUAUUAUGGGCGCAACUGUUACAAAUGACGAAGCCCUAUAUGAGAAGCUCAAAUUUCUUCAGAAUGCUACCGGUAUCGUGCCUUCACCAUUUGAUUGUUACCUCGUGAACCGCAGUUUGAAAACAUUGUCUCUUCGAAUGGAGCGGCAUAAGAUGAAUUCACUGGCAGUAGCAAAGUUCUUAGAAAAUCAUCCGAAAGUAGAACGCGUGUUGCAUCCUGGCCUACCGUCCCAUCCUCAGCAUGAAUUAGCCAAGCGUCAAACAUACGGUCACAGCGGUAUUAUGUCCUUCUACAUCAAAGGCGGUUUGGAAGAAGCAACAAAAUUCCUGAAAUCAUUAGAAGUUUUUACCUUAGCCGAAAGUUUGGGCGGCUACGAGAGUCUUGCAGAGCUGCCAUCAGUAAUGACACAUGCCUCCGUACCCGAAGAACAGCGAAUUGCCCUAGGAAUCACGAAUGGAUUAAUCAGAAUAUCAGUUGGACUUGAAGAUUCUGACGAUUUAAUAGAAGAUUUGAAGCAAGCUUUGAGCAAUAUUUGAAAAGCAUUUGGCUGACUUGCUAAACUCAAGAAACUCUACAGAAAAAAUAUGAUUAUUCAUAUUUUAUUGUGUCAAGAUUAACUGUUGUAAACUUGUCAUGGUUUUUAAAUAAAUGACUAAAACAAUAA